UAAUUUCCAGAUUGGUCUGAGUGAAGUCUGGAACAAAAGAACCCUCAAGAGUUCCAUCGGUAAGGCUGCUUACAUAAAUGAUUGGUUUAGUAUCCAAAAAGUAGCUGAUGACUUUGUUAUCAGAUUCUAAAAUCAAUGCAUCAUUAGCUCCGCUGAGCACUCAUGCAAUCGGGCAUCCGAGCUUCUUCGCCCACUGUUGAGUGCCUGUACCAUACUCAGCCGAGAGUAAACUGAAGGCUUGCGUUGGGCUAGUAACUGAGCCACUAAUCAUCAGCAGUUCUUGGCUUGAAAUAACAUAAGAGUGAAUGGAGUAAACUGAGUUCAUACUGAUAGGGAUGGAAGUAAUGGUUGUAGUUCCAAAGUCUGCAUACUCAAUUUUAAACACAUGAGGAGUUGAUGAAAUUGUGCCUGAAACAUAAAAGCUGGAGUAAUCACUAGUAAAAGCCAAAGAGUCUCAGUUAGAUGCCCCAACAAUCCUGAUGUCCUCAAUGACCGAACUUGUUGUAGUGUCUACUUUAGCCAAAGGGCAAUUUAAAGAAGAUUUCAUGGUAAAAACUAAUGUUGUUGCAGAAGAAUGUAGUGCAAUCGCAUUCUUAGCAAUAUUAGAAGCCUCAAAACUUAGCAUCCAGAUUGGGGAGAAGUUUGAAUCAAAUUUGAAUACCCGCGCUUUAGGAGCUAAUAAGAGCUCACCAUUUGCUGUUAGGUAUACUCAUGAGUUGUCUGGACAAGAAAUUCCAUUAGUAAUCUCAACGUUCACAAAAAGCGAGUAGCUGAAGGAGUAACUUUUGAUCUUCAUGGAAGUAUCUGUCCCUGCAGGGCACUGGGCCGACAGAAUAGAUCGGAGUAGGAUUAAGAAUCUGUAGGCGAGGUUAGAAACAAUGGGAGUGGUAAAGAGCAUGGGAACAUAUAUCCAAAGAGAGGGUGUCACAAACUGUUGAGUGUGGUGAAGCAGGGAGAAUUUGGGUUAGGAGCGUGAAGAGGUAUUAUUAACAAAAUCAGAUUUCUCUUCUAACACUGGUUGUCAAUAAGUGAUUACUUAAAGUUUUAAUCAAAUCUAGAGUGCUUCAAGUAUUCUGAAGUUUUAACUUUUUAUUAACUCUGUAAUGAAAAUAACGAUAUUAUAAGAAUUUCACCAUUUUAUCUAUUUCCUUCACUUUCCCCAAGAAUCUAUUAAAACUUUCCCAUAAACUAUCAGCAGGCAAAAUGAAGCUUCAAAAUAACGACCAGUCACAAAUGAGGACUUAUUUAUAAUCACAGAUGUAAAUACCCUUAAAAAUCUUAAAUUCAUCGGACUCCAGAGCAUAAAUAUGCUCUUUUAAAGCCAUCUCCUAAACUAAAAGCUGAAAUAAACUCCCCAAUGCAUAAUCCAUCCAUGCUCUCAAGUCCUAUACACCUAACCUUCUAAAGAUUCUAAUAUACAUCAGUUGACAAUUUGUUAAAACUCACCAUAUUAUGAUCAUUGUUA